GUGCAUGUAACUGACGAAUUUCUGCAAGUUACGAUGAAGGAAUCACUGCGGUACUGACAAUCUUUGAGAUUGAGGUUUCUUGCGGUUGUUCACGUUGUGAGUGUUUGUAAAUAUUUGGAGCAUGAUGAAUAAACAAACACUCCAGGGAUUCACAGCCAUUCCAGUUAAGUAUAGUGAAGAAUCUUCAGCAUCGCAUUGCAUUUUCUGGAAACAGCAUUCAAUCAGAGAGAAAUGUGACGAAAAGCCAGCAGAUCGAACACUUUUUAUCAUCAACGUACCCCCUUAUUGCACGGAGGAUAACUUCAAGAAAGUGUUGGGAAUCUUUGGUCAUGUUGUCACAGUAUUUUUUCAUAAGAGCCCGAAUGCUGGCUUACCACCUAGAGAGGCCUCUCAGUUUUUCCACAAACAUGAUGAGAUUAAGGGUUUCAAGGUAGCUUAUGUUGUUUUUGAGACAGCAGUUGGUCUUCAGGAAGCAUUAUCUUGGGAUGCCACAGAGCCACUUAUAUUAUCAAGAAAGGAUGCGCCUCUGACUUGUGGAAUUAAGAAGUGGUGUUCGGAGUACAACAUGAGAAUUCCUGAUGUCGAUGCAAUGCAGAAGGAAAUAGAUGAUUUUAUGGAAAAAUUUGACCACAAGAUGGCUGAAAAUGCUAGGUUGGAAAAGCAAGCAAUGGAGGAAGAUGAUGAAGGAUGGAUUACUGUUACAAGGAAGGGAAAGAAACCAGGAUUUGCGAGAAAAGAAAGUAUAGAAAAGAAAAUUAUGAGCAAAGAAAAGCAAAAACGUUCGAAAAAGGAACUCUUAAAUUUUUAUACGUUUCAGAUACGAGAGUCAAAGAUGAAACACUUAGCAAAAUUGAGACAAAAAUUUGAAGAAGAUAAGAAGCGAAUUAAUGUGUUAAAACAGUCAAGAAGAUUUAAACCUUUCUGAUGUUCAAAAAUUAUUUUGUGAAAAUUGUGAAUUUAGAAUAUAAUUUUUGAGAGUUACAGGGAUAUUUUUGUAGAUUGCAGUGGUGGAAAAUAACUUCAGUUUCAUUCUACGAUUAUCUGCACCUUGUGCACGCACUAUACCUCUCGCUUUAAAUAACAAUUUUCAGUUUGCAUUUCCCAAGGAAGUGAAAUGCUAAUUACAGGAAGUUGUUUAAUAUUAGAGCUGUUAUGAUGCAUGUUCUCUGAUAUGGCUGUGAAGACUCUAUUAUAUGUAUUGUUAUUUGAAACUGCAGUUACUUUGAAGUAAUUAGACAGACUGAUGUGAUGAUUUCCAUCAACAUCAACCUUAACAUCCUGUAAAAAUGAUGAUGCAUUCAUAUUCCAGUCCCUAUGCCUUAAUUUUUUAUUGCAUUCUUUUCAUGUUUAGAUGGUAUAUUUAGAGGUGUCCAGGAAAGUUCAAUAUUCCACGUUAACAGACAGUAUUUUAACUGAUGACUCAAAUAUCAUUGACAGGUUUUUUAGGAGAAGCAACUUUUUGUACCCCCAUUGCACAAUGGGUUGGCUACUUUAUAGGCUUUUUAGACUGGUGUUCAAAAAAGUCAUGUAAUCAAUACUGAAUUGUAGGAAGUGCUCCAAGAGCCAUUUGUUGUGAACUCUCAAAACUGUUUCUCCAUUUGUGACAGCUUAAUACUGUGUCCAGAUCUCAUACAAACUAUAAACCCUUGUUUACGAACAUUGUAGAUAGGAGGUACAUAUAUUAAAGUGAUAGCGUUAGCAAAUUUGGUGAUUAAUGAACACAAUUUUUUUAAUAGUUUUAAGUUUCAUUUUGUAAGAAAUUGACGAAAUUGUCCUCCUCCUCCUCCUGUCAGAUUCUGGCUACGCUUGUGUAGGUGUGUAAGUUGCCAAGUCACAGCAAAUAAUUCUGAUAAGUCUCAGAAUAUUUUCCUGUGUAUUAUAAGUCUGCAAUCACUGAUUAUCUGUUGUAGAAUAUUCUUCACUUUGUAUAUACAGUAUUGUGGUUGUAUUUGCUUGGCCACUGUGAUACUAAAUGUAGAAUAUCAAAAUACUUACACAGUAAUUGAUUCCAGAAAUUACAAUACUUGUGUUAGCUUCAGUAGUUAGUGUGAUCUUUCACAGAUGAAGCUGGAGGUGGCUGCUCAGAGAGUCAUGACCUGCAAGUUCUUGAUGAAAGACUGCUUUGGCCAGUGUGGGACUAACAAAGAAUUUUUUUUAUGUAUAGAUUACUGCUUUCGUCUUCCCAUAAAACAGCUUCUGUAUUUUCACUGCUUUAUAAUGUCCAGUGCAUCCUGUGCCUGUAAGAGAUAUCGCUAGAAAACAUUUGACCAUUGCUCCAUAAUAUCUGAGCAAAAAAAAAAUCAAAGUGGGAUGCAAAUAGCCGAAUUGUGGUGCAGUAGAUAUAUUUUUUGAAGGAUUUCUUUUUAGUGGAUCAGUUCUUCCCAGAUAUUUUUAAGGCAAUAUUAAUUCAGUUAUAUAAAAUAAUAAUUUUGUAAAUUAAUAUGUAUUGCAAGCCGAAUUUAUAAUAUCACUGGUACCUAGUUUAUCAUGUGUUCACUCAGCUGACCAGUGAUGUCUUGCUAUGAUGAAGUGUUUGCAAUUUUAGUGUCUCCAUUUUCUAAUGCUGCACAUAAAGAGAGAAUAUUCUAAUCAAAAUUCCUCUCAAAUGAUGCCUAGUUCUGAACAUGCACACGUAAAUACUUGGUCUGAUUUGUAUCAUUAUAGGAUUGUAUAACUACCUACGGAUGUUUAUAUUUCAUUAGUCAGUACUUCAUGGUGGUAUUAAUUUUGCAACUUUUUUACCUUUUUAAUGCAAAUAUUGCAACUGUAUAUUGCUGAGUAUGACUCAUUUUUGUGUAUCUGUGUCUAUAAUUAUUAAAUUUAGAUGAUGUGAAAAUACUUUUAUUUAUACUUCGUGACAAAUGAAAAAGUUGGAACAGUGAUAAUAAGAGCCAUUUUGAAAUAAAAAAUUUCAAAUCAUGGAAUUGUACUCAAUUUAGUGCCAGAAGUGGUCAAGUCCACAACAGCUAAUCACAUGACUCAUAUGAAUGUGAAGUCAAAAAAUUGUGCAAUGUAGGAUGGAUUUGAAUAAUGAGAAGUUCUGAUUUCACUUUUGCCAUCCCAUAUUUCAGUCAUAAUUCAAUGAUUUGUAUAACUUCUUUCCUCCAUCAAGUCAUUUUUCUUUUUUCCAUUUGGAAAUCAUACAAAAAAUUGCAGACAGACAACCCCCUCACUUGAAAAUAUUGCUGAGUGAGAUGUAAAUACACUAGCUUUCUAACUUAAAUUUUUUUUCUGGUUUUAGUAUAAUCUCUCUCGCUCUCUCUCUCUCUCUCUCUCUCUCCCUCUCUCUCCCUCUCCCUCUUUGCAUGCAUGUAUGCUUUUGUGCAUGUGCCAUUUGUCACUCACUGUUCAGUAGUAUGUUAUUGUUUGCCUGUCCCAAUUUUUAUAUCUAGUUACUAGCACGGAAAGACUCAACAUUCAGCCCUGCUCUUGUUUCAGCUGGCAAGUAAAAAUCUCCAUGUCCUUCCUAGUUUUGCUAGUUCUCAUUUAAUAAAAUAAUUGAAUGGAUCCAGAUAAUCAAGAUAGCCUCAAACCGUAUAAUAGACGGUCUUAGCUAUAGAAGCUGAACUCGAUAACUGUAGUCACUACAAACCACACACACACACACACACACACACACACACACACA